UUUUUUGUAAAUCUAGCAACAGAGGACUGAUACACGUAUCUGAUUAGAAAGAAGUUCUAAAAAAUAACAGCAGCGGAAGUCGCACGACUAAGGGAAAAAAGAUUAAAUGACGGCUCGUGGGAAAAGGGAGCUAAAAUCCUUUCCUUUAGAAUAUAAUUCGUUAGUCUGUCAAACAAAUGCGUAGUUCUAACCUUUAAAAAUUACUAUUUUCAGAUAAAUACAAAUAAUAUAUAUUCGAUAAUUUACGUGAUAAGAAAAUCGCUUGUAGCGAGAAUAAAGUUGUUUUGUUAGGCGGAACCUUUACUCCCAUGUUAUGGAUUUCAACACGGACACGGUUGUCGACGAGCAGUCAAUGUCACAUGAGCUAAACUAUACCUUAUUUAAUGACCUCGGGGAUUGAAUCUACAUAUGUUUUUGUGUUUUACUAGAUUUAAAUUAUUGUGUAGUUCUCUUCCUUUGUGUGUUUGAUCCACUUUGAUUGGCGGACUGGAUGCGAAACUAAGAGGACAAGAUGCGCAUCACUUUGCAAAUGUUGAUCUCCCAUGGCCGAGUGGCCAGAAGAAUGGGUAUGGGACCCAAGUCCCGGAUCGACAUGCUUCGAAACAUCUUGACCGGGUUGGUCCGGCAUGAGAGGAUAGAAACCACGGCGGCCCGGGCUGAUGAAGUCCGCUUUUACGCCGAGAAGCUGAUUGACUACGCUAAAAAAGGAGACACGGAUGAGAAGGCGAUGAAAAUGGCUACUUUUUGGCUGACUGAGAAGGAUCUGGUCCCCAAGCUCUUCAAGGUCCUGGCUCCGCGGUUCGAGCCCUACUCCAACGCCUACACCCGCAUGGCUCGCAUCCCCAACAGACAGAACCUGGACCGGGCUCAUAUGGCUGUGCUGGAGUACAAAGGCAACCCUUUACCUCCUCUUUAUCCCGUCAAGAAAAAGAAUGAACUGACUCUCAUCAACCAGCUCCUCAAAGCCUACAAGGAGGACAAGGAGCAGAUGGCAACAAAUCCACACGGAUGCAUAAACUGAAAACAUGGAAGUAGGAAUGGACUGUUUAAAAAUGUUAAUAAAUAUUUCCUAUAUGACAGAA